CACUUUUCGAUACUGUCGAUGAAUUGGUUCAUGUCCGUGCUAUGUAUACAUCCAAUUACUUUUAACGUUUUAAUGUAAGCAUUUAUAAAUUACAGAUAAUUGUUCGGCCGAUUUGAUUUUUUUCAAUAAUUUCUAUUGCAUAAUUAUACAUAACUGAAUGUAUAAUGGAUAAUAACAGCACGAUGGAUGCAACGAACAGCCUACACGAUCUUUCAAAUAAAGCACUAGUGGAAAGAAAUAUCAUGCCGCAAGGUAUAUCGUUAAUUGAUCCAGCAGCCGUGGCAAAAGCAAGCCAGCAGGAUUUAAAGGCACUGGUUGCGGAAAUUGAAAAGGCGGAUAACUGUAUAAAAGCCAAUGCGUGUAACAAGUUGCAAGUGAUUGCACAACAGAUCAGAUUUCUGCAAAAGCAGGCCGAGGGUAUUUUGCUGGAGGCGCAACGUAAUGCCAAGCUGCAUCAUGCGGCCUGUAACUUUGUGAAACAGCCGGGUCACAUCUAUCACUUGUAUCAACGGGAAUCGGGGCAGCUUUAUUUUUCCAUGCUUAGCCCGGAGGAAUGGGGCAGUUCGGCUCCGGCGCAGAAUUACAAGGGUUCCUUUAGACUAGAACAGGACCGCUCGUGGACCCCGCUGUCUCAGUUGCAGACAAAGAAUGACGAAUUGAACUUGAUUGAAAACUUCUUACCUUCCGAUACGACUACAAACACCUUUUUACAAUCGGUCAUGUUAAAUAGCAGCUCGUAACACAAUUAGUGAAUUUAUUAUAUUACAAUCAAGUUGUAAAAAGUGUAAUCUAGAAACGCAGCAUUUUGUCGGGACAAAUUUGCCGAGGUUACCAAACUAACUACUUCAGUCUAAUAAAUUAAGCAUCCUCGUCAUGUAACUGAACAAGCAAAUUUAUUUUGUGAUAUAAUAUCGAGCUAUUUAUAAUCCUUACUUGUAAAUGUACAUAUAAAUAUAUUUCUAUAUUGGUAUAUAGAAUAGAUGAAUAUA